AUGAACAUGGACCCUCAAACACAAAGAGUUUGUACAGAGAUCUUCAAAAAAGAGAGAGGGAUCUUUCAGAAAAUAGUCUACUGCUUCAUUCAUCUAAGCAUUCAGGAGUUUCUGGCUGCAGUCUACCUGUUCCACUAUUACACCAACAGGAAAACAGAUGUACUGGACGACUUCCUGGGGACAGACUGCGUUGAUUUAACCCUGGAUGUCUUCCUGAAGAAAGCCAUGGAUAAAGAUUUUUACAGUGAAAAUGGUUACCUGGACCUGUUUAUCCGUUUCCUUCAUGGUCUCUCUCUUGAGUCCAACCAGAGACUCUUAGGAAGCCUGUUGGUCCAUCAUGAGAUCCAAGAAUUCCUGAAGUCAGAGAAAAGAUCAGAGAAGGAGCUCUCCGAGAUCCAAUGCUCAGCUCUUGCCUACAUGCUGCAGAUGUCAGAGGAUGUUCUGGAGGAGUUGGACUUGCAGAAGUACAACACAUCAGAGGAGGGACGACGUAGACUGAUUCCAGCUGUGAGGAACUGCAGAAAACUUACUGACUGUUUACUCUCAGAGCCUCACUGUGAAAUUGUGGCCUCUGUGCUGAAGUCCAACCCCUCCCAUCUGAGGGAGCUGGACCUGAGUGACAACAACUACCUGGAUGAUUCAGUAGUGAAGCUGUCUUCUGGACUGGGGAGUCCAAACUGUAGGCUGGAGACUCUGAGAUUGAGUUUCUGCAGUGUGUCAGAGAUCAGCUGUGCUUCCCUGGCUUUGUCUCUGAAGUCAAACCCCUCCUAUUUGAGAGAGCUGGCCCUGAGUGACAACAACUAUCUGCUGGGUUCAGGAGUGAAGCUGCUGUGUAAUUUCCUGGAGAGUCCACACUGUAGACUAGAGACUCUGAGAUUGAGAAACUGCUGUUUGACAGAGAUCAGCUGUGCUUCUCUGGCCUCAACUCUGAAGUCCAACCCCUCCCAUCUGAGAGAGCUUGACCUGAGUAACAACACGCUGCAGGAUUUACACGUGAAGCUGCUCUCUGAUCUUGUGGAGAGUCCACACUGUAGACUGGAGACUCUGGGAAUUGUUAACAACUUGAUCACAGCUGAGAAUCAGCAAGAAUAUGACUCGGAUGUUGAAAUGGACAUGGAAACAAACCUGCCAGAGGCUUUGAUGUCCUGAACACAACUGAGUCUUCAUACAGUGAGACAAAGCUUUUGGUAAAAUAUUUAAAACACACCCAACGGUUCACAAACUGUGAGAGUUGCCCAAGGACAUUGUGGCUAGAAGGAGCUGGGGAUCAAGCUGCACCCAAGAUCUUUGCCCUUUUGAUGCCUUGACUAAGAUUGUAUUCACAUCUGCAUUUGAACUUCAGGUUGGUUUGUUUGGGCAUAUGUAAACAAUUUUUGAUAAUUUGUGUC